CUAAUACUAUAUAACUGAGCAGUGUAAUCCAAAGCAGUCAUAGCCUCGGAAAAAUAUAAGCUCUCUUUGAAUGAGAAGUUCAAGGCUAGAUAUAUAGCCGUUGCGGUCAUUCAAGCACUGGAGAAGAAUACCUGAUUCAUGAAAGAGUCUUUCGCAGAGACAGCCACGUAAAGAGAAAGAGAAAAUGGCUCUAAAACUGCUCGUCGUCCCUCUAUCACUCUUACUCAUCGUUUUCCUCAUCCGUGUCCUUCGAAUAGGUCGUCGACCAAAAGAUAUCCCUCCAGGUCCACCUACAUUGCCCAUCAUAGGAAAUAUUCAUCAGAUGCCCACUCGUGAUCUCCACAAACAGCUCUACAAAUGGGCUCAAGAAUACGGCCCCGUAUACAGUUUGAUACUAGGAACCCAGACAUUGAUCGUCUUGACGAGCGAUCAAGCGGUGAAAGACCUCCUGGAUAAGAGAAGUGCUAUAUACAGUGACAGAAUGGACAUGUAUAUCGGUAUGAAAUUGUGUUCUGGAGAUUUGAGACUGCUUAUGAUGAGAUAUGGCCCUAGAUGGCGAAUGGUACGAAAACUAGCACACAGCCUAUUGAACAUCAAUGUCGCCCGAUCCUACGUCCCGUACCAAAUGCUAGAAAACAAACAAAUGCUCUUCAAACUUCUUACCCAGCCAAAGGACUUCCUACACCAUGUCCGUCGGUACUCGAAUUCUCUUACUACGUCUAUGGUCUUCGGUUGGCGAGCCCCCACAUACAACAACCCGGACGUCCAGCAACUCUUCGACGGCUUCGAAGAAUUCGCAGUCGUAAGCCAAACCGGCACCGCAAGUGUCCUCGACUCCUACCCCUCGCUACGCAUCCUCCCCGAUUGGCUCCUCCCGAUGCGGAAAUACGCCAAGGAGCUACACGUGCGUGAAAAGGAACUCUACCUGCGGCAUUGGCUGAAUUGCAAAAAGGCCAUCGUGGAAGGGACCGCCAGACCAUGCUUCUGUGCAACUAUGGCGUCGAUGCAGAAAGUCGAAGGGUUCAGUGAUGAACUGGCGGCAUAUAUCUCGGGCACGUUCCUUGAAGCGGGCUCGGACACGACUUCGAGUACGCUUUACGGGUUCGUGCUAGCUAUGGUGCUGUUUCCGGAAGUGCAGAAGCAGGCGCAGGAAGAAAUUGAUUCCGUUGUGGGUGAUUCGAGACUUCCAACCAUGGAGGAUGAGCCUAAGAUGCAGUAUAUUCGCGGGUGUGUAAAAGAAUCGCUUAGAUGGAUGCCGGUAACCCCCCUCGGAGCUGUUCCUCAUGCGGUAACGCAGGAUGAUUACUAUAUGGGGUACCGUAUCCCUGCUGGUGCAGGGGUAAUCAAUAAUGUCUGGGGAAUCCAUCGGGAUGAGCGUCGCUAUCCUGAUCCUCGUCGCUUUGAUCCCGAUCGUUUCAAAGAUGACUAUCAAACGGCCUAUGAUGCCGCCGUUAACUCUGACGUUUCGCAGCGGGAUCAUUUCACGUUUGGGGCCGGGCGUCGCAUCUGUGCCGGGACGCAUGUUGCAGAACGGAGUCUCUUUUUGGGCAUAUCGCGCAUGCUGUGGGCAUUCGAUAUCAAGCCCGAGAUCGAUGAACAAGGGAAUUUUAUACUGCCUGAUCAGGAUAGAAUGACACAGGGAUUCGUUGCUAUGCCGGAAGAAUACCAAUGCCGGAUCAUUCCAAGAAGUGAAAAGCAAGCACUGCUUGUACAGAAGGAGUGGGAAGAUAUACAGGAGCUGUUGGAUCCGACCACAAAGCAAUGGAAAGCUAUACCAGAAGGGAUGGGGAGGAAGGUGUGAUAGCAAAGAAUUUCAAUAAUUGGGCACGACAAUUGACCUCUCCUCGUUCCUAAGCAUGCGUCAAUGAAAGCUGUUUACGGUGUCCAUCCCACAAUACAGGUAGAUCAACGUGGAAUAAGACAAAGUCCUCUAUGUUUACUUUAUG